CGACCGGGACCACGUGGGGCGGGACCACGUGUUGGCAGCGUCAUGGCGUCUGCACCCAAGAGGUUCAAGGCGGCGGUCGAGAGCGGCGCCCAGGGGAAGAGUAGUGCCGACCCCCUCUCCGGGUUCCUGGCAUGGUGCGGGCGGGCCGGGGUGGAGCUGAACCCCAAGGUCCGCCUGAGCAAGGAGGGCGCAGUGGCGGGGUACGGGAUGUUGGCCGCCGAGGAGCUGGAGGCGGGAGAGGUGCUGUUCACCAUCCCUCGCACGGUGCUACUGUCCCAGCACACCACCUCCAUCCACGCACUCUUGCAAGAAGCCCAGGAGUCCCUGCAGAGCCAGUCUGGUUGGGUCCCUCUCCUGCUGGCCUUGCUACACGAGUACACAGCCAGCAACUCACACUGGCAGCCGUAUUUCUCCCUCUGGCAGGACUUCCGGAGCCUGGACCACCCCAUGUUCUGGCCUCAGGAAGAGCGAACAAGGCUCCUGCAGGGCACAGGCAUUCCAGAAGCUGUGGACAAGGAUCUAGCUAACAUCUACCAGGAGUACAACUCCAUCAUCCUGCCUUUUAUGGAGACCCACCCUGACAUCUUUGAUCCCAAACUGCACACUCUGGAGUUGUAUAAGGAGCUGGUGGCAUUUGUCAUGGCUUACAGCUUUCAGGAACCUUUGGAGGAGGAGGAAGAAGAUGAGAAGGGGCCAAAUCCUCCCAUGAUGGUGCCUGUAGCAGAUAUUUUGAAUCAUGUGGCCAACCACAACGCCAACCUGGAAUACUCUCCUCAGUGUUUGAGGAUGGUUACAACGCAGCCUGUGGGGAAAGGACAGGAGAUCUUCAACACCUAUGGGCAGAUGGCCAACUGGCAGCUGCUGCACAUGUAUGGCUUCGCAGAGCCCUACCCUGGCAACACCCACGACACUGCUGACAUCCAGAUGGUGACACUGCGCAGGGCAGCUCUGCAGCGUGCCAAAAGUGAAGCGCAGCAGCAGCUGGUCUCAGAGCAGUGGGACUUCUUGUGCCAGCUGGAGAUGGUAGGGGAGGAAGGCGCCUUUGUGCUUGGCUGGGAUGAGGUGCUGACAGAGGAAGAGCUGUCCGUGACCCUCAAGGUGCUCUGCAUGUCAGAAGAAGAAUUCAAGGAGUAUAAGGAGCAAGAUGGCUGGGAAGACGACAGUGAGGAAGAGGAGAACUCUACCCUUUCAAAUGAGGCCCUCUCCAGACUUAAAACCCCUUGCAAGAAGCUUCUUUAUGACAGUGUGCUGUUGACCCUGGAGUCCUAUGGGGCAGACCUGAAAGCAGAGCAGGACUUGCUAAAUAACAAGGAGGCUUAUGAGAAACUGAGUCGAAGGGAGCAGCAAGCACUGCAUGUGCGCUAUGGACAGAAAAGGAUCUUGCAUCAGCUGCUAGAGCUGGUACAAUAGAAACCUCAGUGUCCCUGGACAGGACCUGGCUGGAGCUGAUUCUGAGGGAAAGGUCAGCCUCUGGCCAUCUCUUUUGUAGCAGAGAGAAUAGAUGGCAAGCCUGACUACGAGUCCAUUUGUCCCUCGUACAGCAGACAGAUUUUUAGCUACCUCUACAUAAAGAAGUAUAUUCACAGCACAAAGGUGGUUUUGAGUGGCCUUAUUGUACCAUGAGAGCUCUGGAGCACAAAUACCACCUUUUUCCAGAGGCCUUAAGAAACCCAGCCAUCCUAAUGGCUGUUUGGGGAAGGCAGACAUAUACCGUCAGAACACCAGAGGAUUCCCUCAUUCAGCAUCAGAAAUUUAAGGCAAGAGCUGCUCCUUGUCUGGAUUAAGAGGGCAGAAAUGCAACUGGUAGCUCUAAUGUUGGAGAGAUUCAGAGUAUCUGCCAGGAAGACCUGCUGACAACACUAAACUCUUCAUCUGUACAUAUUUUAUGUUGAACAUUUUCAAGAGUACAAGCCCAUCUAGCUGGUCUUCAUGUAGGCUCAGUAUAACAAAUAUUUCCUUUUAUUUCCACAAGAUAUUGCGUGGGCUUGAGACUACUCAGGAGGAGCACUGUCACAGUUCCACAGCUGCUGCAGGCUUAGAAUUUCAUACACACCCUCUCCUUGAUGCAAUUCUAGCCUGAACUCGCUUUGGUUUUGCAUGACAAAAGACAGAUGGUUGACAGGCCAAGCUCUAUUUAAUAAAAACAAGUUUUCUUACCUAGCCCAUGCUUUCUACUUCAACAGGGUGUGAAGUCCCAUCUAAGAGUAAGGGGAUUGUUGCAGUUAAAGAGUAUUGCAGACAACCAGAACCCACAGUGUACUGGUGACAAAGCUCAGCUACAGCCCUGCCUGUAGUGUGGGGACAGGGUGGUUUUAACAGUACUGAGGGGAGCUUGUUCUGGUUUCCCAGAUGGGACAAUAGUGAAUUUGACCAGGAUCUCACACAGCUGCCUCUAACCUUUAGAGAUGUUGUUAAAAUUGGUAUUUUUGUACCCCAUGUCUCUCCAAAGAAAUCAUAUUGGAAAACGUACAUGUCAGAGUAUUACAUUUGGUAUCGUGGUUAAAGUUUGGGGUUUGGGUUAAAACUUGUUUUUUUAGAUAUGCACAAACUUGGUGAUGACCAAAGCCUAUAAAAGGUUUGAACACUGUGUAACAAGACUUUGUUAUACCUACUGUUUGUAAUGUUUGCCUGCAUGAACAUUUAAAAUUGCACCUCAUUUGAGAAGGGCAUUUUGAGAACUUCACUUCUAGACUGUAUUUUUGGACCAUGAGGAAAGCUUGGGGGAGGAUUUGCUUACUAAGAAUAUGAUUAUGUGGUGGCCUCUGUAUCUAUGAGAGAAUUGGGGAAAACAGCAUCAUAAUGGAUCCUACAAUUAAUGUUACUUUGUUGCCAGGAAGGAAAAUGGGGAAAAGUACCAAAUGUUGAUCUGUUCUUUGCAUUGCAGAAUAAUGAUAAGGCUUUGAAGGAAUGGGAUUGAUGACACCAGACUCAUGUUUUAGCACCAGAGAAAUAAAAAGAAAGUGUAAUUAAGAGAAUGAGGUAGACAAGGGAAAGGAAAGAAAGGGGGGAAAUAAAUCAGAAAAGGGAUGGUAAAUUUGGUUGAUUGUUGUGACAGUUGAAGGGUAGGUGGUAAGGUAAGGGAAUCAGAUUUCAACUGGUAAAUUCUCAUCUAGUAGGAAAAAUUCAAUGUACUUACUGUAAGCAGAAGGGGCACUGGAAACAAAUGCCCACAGAACCCAGGGCAUAUGUAAUCCUCAAAGACUGGAGACUCCACAAGUAGAAAGACUGCUUACACUGAAUUGGGAUUUAGACUGAGAGGCAGCUGAGAGCUCCAAAGAAUCCCCAACAGAACUCCUGGUCACAGUAAAUUUGGGGAAUGAAAAGGUUGAAUAUCUAAUAGAGGUGCAACUUAGAUGUAAAGGAGUCUUCAGUAAACAAAGCACAUAUAAAGCUGGAACCAUAGGGAAAAAGGAAAUAAGACCAUUAUUUCAGCCACUCAAAUUUGGAAUUGUACAGAGUUUUGUAAAAUUUCUAUACAUAUCCAAAUGCCCAAUCCUAUUAUUAGGAAGAAAAUUAAGUAAAUUAAAUGCAAAAAAAAAAAACCAAACUUUGAGAAAGGACAGAUCCAAGAACAUAAACCAGAAAAAAAAGCCCUGAGGACACAAGUCUUUAUGUUACAUGAUCCAAAAGAGCUUGUUUACCAGAGAGGAAAAGAUACCCCAAAAAAUAGAAAAUGGAUGACUCCUCUCAUGUAGGUGACUGGCACUCCUGCAAGAUCACAAGAAGCAAAACUGGUAACAACCCAAUUAAAACCAGGCACCAGAUGAGUAAGAUGAAAAAAAUACCCUGUUAAAUUGGAAGCUAGAAAAGGACUAGAGCCAAACACUGAAAGAUUUACUAGCUUUGAGUUGUUUCAGGAAUGCCAUUGAGUUUAAUACCCCAAUUCUCCCACUUAAGAAACCACACUCAGAUGAGUAUCAGCUAGUUCAAGAUUUAAGAGCCAUAAAGCUUGCACACAAGAUGUGCAUUAACCACAUAAAAAAGACACUGAUCAGUGGUUUAGGGCAUUAGACUUGAAAGAUAUUCCCUUAAAAGAUAUCCUUUUGUAUCACACUGGAUGCCAGAAGUCAAGAGCUGUCCUCAAAUCCCUGAGGGAAAACAGUCCAGCCUAACUAACAACCCUGUUUAAGAACAGGCAUACAAUUUCUGGAAAACAAUGUAAAACUGAGUGUUCUUGGGACUGGAAUGGAAGGCAUAGUAAAAUAUAGUGAAGAAGAAAUGAGAACUGUGUCCAAAGUUCCAACUUCAAAAGGCUCAGUUUCAGCACAGCUGCUGACCCGGCAAAGAAAUGCCAUGGAAUUGUAGGACCUAGCAACAUUCUGCUCCUUGACACAGAGGUGACUAAUGCCUGGAACAGGAAGACAGAGAAUUCCCUGCCACCCACUGGCACAGCUGGCUCAGCGAUCCCUCAGAGCUGUUUUUUCCUCUAUGCAGUGAAUGCAAAGCCAGGUAUGGAACCUCUUAAACCUGAGCAGGAAAUCCUGACCUCCCUGUGCACACCAAAGCAAGUCAACUAAACAGUCAGUUUUAACAAGCUGAUAAUGUAAAAUGAAAGAAGUGAAGCUCUAUUUCCUAGCAUCUGCUAGGUUAAAGGACCUUGCAAUAUUAUUAACAACACUGAAGCUGCCUACCCUUACAACAGCGAACCACAACCUUGGGCAGAUUCCUGCUGCAGGGAGAUGACAGCAGGGUGGAAAGGCACUAGAAAUGAAACUGAUGGGCUGUCCACACUCUGUAUACCUCCACUGCAGUCUCCUGUCUGAGAGGACAACUCUGCUCAUGAACUUGCACCUAAGCCAUUUCUGUUUCCAUACAACUGUCCUUCCUGAUGCACUUCAAAGCAAGAUCCUGUCUAGUCAUUACAUCUGCCCACUGACCUUGUGCUAGAGAGCAAACCCAGCUGCUUUCAACAGGCAGUGCCCAAAACACACUGGAAAACUGCAGGCUUUGAGUGGGUGGAAAAGGCUUUGGAAGACAUCAACUGGCCAGGAUAAAUUGGAGAGAAUAAGCACAGUGGCACGUGCUGCAUGUCAUGACUUUAAUGUGUAACUACAGUAUGCAUACAUACAAGAGUGGGAGAACUAAAGCCCAAGAACUAGAAAGGCUACAAAAUACAACACGUGGACCAAUACUUUACAAAACAUUGAAAAUCCUUACAAAAUGGGCUGUAUUGGUCCUUUGGGUUUUUUGUUUUAAUUUUUUCUUUUUUUUCCUUUUUUUAGUUUUUUUUUUUACAAACUUAUACUGUGUGGUCACAGGGGAGGGUGAAAAAAGUUCUAGAUUUAACCCCUCAUCUUCCAAAAUUUACAACUGUCCAAAAAAAAAAAAAAAAAAA